AUGAAAGGCGUUAUAAUCACAGCCCCCAAUGCCCCCUGGCAAGCCGUCGACGACAUCGAGCGGCCUGUUCCGGGCAAAGGACAAAUACUGGUCAAAUCGCUCGUUACGGGUAUUAAUCCUUUGUAUGCCCUCUUUCCUGACCCUAUCCUAUUCUAUCCUAUCUUCCAAACUCCUCCUAUCCCAUAUUCCCCAUACCGCCCUCUUCAAACCAACUCAGAAAUAACUAACCAGAAGAUGGAUAAUCCAGAGACAACCUUAUGCGCACCACGGGCCUCCUCAUCCCGCAAUACCCCAUCGUCCUCGGCUGCGACGCCUCAGGAAUCGUCGUUGAGACCGGCGAUGGAGUUACGAAAUUUCGCGUGGGAGAGGGCGUGUUUGGGUGUACAAGGAUGGGGACAUUUGAUGGAUGAGAAAUUGGCGUUCAAGAGGCCAGAAAGAGUUUCGGUGGAAGAAGCUGCGACGAUUGGGGUGGGACUUUUGACGGCUGCAAUAUGUCUGGAUGAAGGAAACAAUAUCAUGUAUCCCGCCGAGCGCCAAAAUCAACCAGAGUGGUUCAUUGUUCUAGGAGGUACAUCGACGGUUGGUCAAUAUGGUAUCAAGCUCGCAAAAUUAUGUGGAUACCAAGUCCUCGCUUCGUGCUCGCAGUCUAGUAUUGAGGUCGUCAGAUCCGCCGGCGCAGAUGCAACGUUCGACUACAAACAAUCCAUCGAAACCCAGCUAUCUGAAAUCGAAUCAAUCACAUCAGGAGACUUCGCCGGUAUAUUCGAUGCUUCAGCUGCAAGUACCGCCGUAGGUAUAGCAGCUUUAAAAACCAAAUCGGCGGUUAAAACACAAAAGAAAACAUUUUCAACUACAAAUGAUUGGGAUACAAUCGAGGAACAAGAAGACACCAGCACUUACCACGUUCACCUCGAACAAAUCGGCAAAUAUGGAGAGCCCGCCGGCGACGCCACAAACCGCGCUGUAGAAAAGUUGAUUCCGAGACUGGAAAGUUUGCUCUGGAAAGGUUGGUUAGAGCCAAAUUAUGGAGAGAUAGUGGCGACUGGAUUUGGAGGGGUUGGUUUUGGAGUUGAUCUUUUGACGAAAAGUGCUCCUCUCGGUGGAAAGAUAGUCGUUCGUGAUACCGCACUCCUCACAAACUACGACUUUAUUAUCGUGGGCGGCGGCACAAGCGGGCUCGUCGUUGGAAACAGGUUGUCUGAAAAUCCAGCAACCACAGUACUCAUUAUUGAAGCUGGCGAACUUGAUCAAGGGGAAGACUUCAUAUAUAUCCCGCUUCUAGCGGGAAUCGGCAAGGGUGCCACAGGGACCAAGUAUGAUUGGAAUCUAACCUACUCCCCCCAGCCAGCCGCGAAUGAUCGAUCGAUCGCUAUAGCACAGGGCAAGGUUGUAGGUGGUGGCUCUUGUUUGAAUCUGAUGGCGUUCGAUCUUGCUGGAAAAGUAGAUUAUGAUCGCUGGGUAGAAGUCGGUGGGGUUGGCUGGAAUGAUCUUUUCCCGUAUUUCAAAAAAUUAACCAAUUACACACCACCUGCACCCGAAAUUGCAAAAGAAUGGGAUAUACAGACCGAUCCUACAGCACAUGGAUACAAAGGCUAUGUUCAUUCAAGCUAUCCAACAUUCUAUUGGCCGUCGAAUAAGUACUUCUUUACUGCCAUGAAAUUUCUCGGAAUCCGCAAGGUAUUUGAUUCUCUGAAUGGAGAUGUGAAUGGUGCUUUGUGGAAUCCACAUUCACUAGACCCCGAUACCAAGACUCGAUCGAAUUCAAGAACCGCUUACUGGAAUAGUGCAAGCAAUCGAACCAAUUUACACCUCUUGACUGGUCACCAUGUGACGAGGUUGAUCACUAAAUCAAAUAGCGGAGGGGUGUCAGUUGCUGGUGUCGAGGCAAGUUAUUCAACUAGCUCCAACGGUUCAAGGUCAAUUGCGCUUGCGGCGAAGGAAGUAGUUCUCGCAGCUGGUGUCAUUCAUUCACCUCAGCUGCUUCAACUCUCUGGAAUCGGAAACCCUUCCUUGCUGGGACAAUUCGGCAUAAACACAGUGGUGAACUUGCCGGGGGUUGGGGCCAACUUUCAAGAUCACCCAUUGCUCAGAUACACAACCACUUUGGACAUUGCUCUUUCAGUGAACAAUUUGACCCGCAAUGCGACUUUCAAUGCUGAAAUGCUCGCAUUGUAUAAAUUUAAUAGAACAGGGCCGUAUUCUACGGCAGGGGCGAACGCAUAUGCUUUUAUCGGAACUCCUUCUUUCACCAAUGCAACUUUGCAAAUUGUCUCCUUAGCUUCAUCCAUCACUCCAGCAUCGUAUUUACCAUCCAAUGUCGACCCGUCUGUCUUGGUAGGAUAUGAAGCCCAGUACAAGAUUCUCACUCGAGAUCUUGCAUCCAACAGUGUGCCAAUUAUGGAAUUCAUCUAUUUAGAUGGGUCAGUAUUGGCAAUCCUUCAGCAUCCAUUUUCCCGUGGUUCAGUGGCGAUCACUUCAACAGACCCUUUCACUCCGCCGUCUGCGAACCCAGGAUUUCUCUCUCAUCAGACAGACCUUCUUCUUUUGAGUGCAGCGGGUAAAUAUGCUCGUACGAUAAUCAACACUCCAACAUUUGCACCAUUAUCACCAGUCGAGACAAUACCAGGUCCAAGUGUGCAAACCGAGGCGGAUUUUGAGGCUUGGGUUCGUUCGACGGUUUUUACGACACAUCAUCCAACUGGAUCUACAUCUAUGAUGAAGAGACAAUACGGAGGAGUCGUGGACUCCAACUAUAAGGUUUAUGGUGUCAAUAACCUGAGGGUAGUUGAUGCCGGUACGUUUCCAAUGUUACCAGCUGCCCAUUUGCAAGCAACGGUAUAUGCGAUGGCCGAGCGAGCGUCUGAUGUGAUCAAGAAGACAUAUAGACACUAA